AUGACUCGAGUGCGGAGCUUCGGGAGAGACGCGUUUCCUCGGAGCGCCCGGCGGGGAGAGCGGACCGGCGCCGGCCGCGGCGCGGGGCGCCAAGGCCUCGCAGGCGGCGACGAAGGCGGAGUCCCGGGCGGGCCGGGGAGGCGCGCGGGAAGCCCCCCCCUCCACCGGCCAGCCAGGGUAAACAAGGCCUCGACUCACCCCGCGCACUUACCGGGAGCCGCGGCCCCACGGCCGCAGAGCCCUGGCGGGCCAGACCAAGUCAGGCCGGACCAAAGGAGCCGGAUUAGGGCUCAGCGUCGACGAAGGCAGCGGGAGGACGCCGGUCGGGUCCGCGCUGCUUCCUCCGGCGUAGUCGUCCCCGAAGCUCCGGAAGUUCUCGGUACACUUGCGUCACUUCGUAGGGGUCGGCCCGCGGUCGCUUGGGUCGCUACUGGCAAGAACACUCUUUGGAGCUGCUUUCUUAAAACGCCAGGCUUUGGCUCCUGCCACAGUCUGGUUCGCCUUCCAGCUCUCCGACUUUCACUCACCGUGCAAGAUUAUAUCUCAACUGCUUUGCUCCACCAUUUCUGCUCACAGCAUGAGAACUGCCAUUAG